AUACGUAAAACCCUCUUUCAUUCAAGAAUCAUUCCAAUUUCUUGAAAUCCAUUUCACCAUUGUAAUCCAUCAAAGCAAAACCAAAGAUUGAAGAACUUUCAAUCGUGUUCGUGAGUUCAGAAUUUCCAAAUUGAAGUUGUUGUUUUGCAGAUUGUCUAUAUCUGCUUUCAGUUAGUUUGAAAUCAAGAUAUCGAGAUUUGAGUUGAAACUCUAGGGUUUUGACAAGAUGAAAAAACUUGUUAGUUUCGGGAAGAAACUUGUUAGUUGUGGGAAGAAACCUGCUGUGCAAGGUGAUGAUGAUACUGUUAAUGGUCAAAAGGGGCGUCCGGGUGCGCGUGUCGAGGGAUUGUGGUGGACUAGAGAUGAGGGUGUGUUUUCGAUUGCGAUGAUUCAGGCAAAUGCUGUGUUGGAGGAUCAGUGUCAAGUCGAAUCUGGGAGUUUGAACAUGGAUGAGAAUGGCCCUCGAGGAAUGUUCGUUGGAGUGUAUGAUGGUCAUGCUGGUCCUGAAGCCGCAUGGUUUAUCAAAGAUCGUUUGUUUGAGAAUCUGAAAAAAUACGCUUCAGAAAAUGCAGGAAUGUCAGAGGAGGUUUUACGCCAAGCGUUUUUGAAAACCGAUGAAGAAUUUCUGCUGUCAGUCGAAAGAGAAUGGGAAAAUAAUCCAAAAAUAGCCUCUGUUGGCUCAUGCUGUUUGGCUGGAGUCGUAUGCAACGGAAUGCUGUACGUUGCAAAUGCUGGAGACUCAAGGGCAGUACUCGGGAAACAAGUGGAUAAAACUGAAAAAGCAUUUAUGCCUGUCCGACUUUCACAGGAUCACAAUGCAAACGAUGAAUCCAUUAGGGAGGAGCUAAUAGCAUUAUUUCCAAAUGAUCCCAACAUCGUUGUUUUUAAGCAAAAUAUAUGGCGUGUGAGGGGUCUUAUCCAGAUUUCUAGGUCUAUUGGUGAUGCAUAUCUGAAGCGGUUCGAUUUCAAUAAACCCCCGUUACCGGCGAAGUUUAUACAGUCUGAACCGUUCUCUAAACCGAUACUGAAAGCGGAACCAACCACACUAGUGACGAAGCUCGUCCCUGAAGAUCAGUUUGUUAUAUUUGCUUCUGAUGGUUUAUGGGAUCAUCUUACUGAUCAACAGGCGAUUGAUCUUGUGAAAAGUUCUCCACGCAAUGGAGUUGCAAGAAAACUUGUGAGAGCUGCACUUGCUGAAGCAGCAAGGAAGGCAGGAAUGAGCUACUCUAAGUUGGAAACAAUAGAGAAAGGGUUGAGAAGAAAUAUUCACGACGAUAUCACAGUCGUUGUUCUGUUUCUUGACUGUGAUUCGGCAUCCCACACUUCUUCUUCUGCUGGGCAAAGUUCCUCGGGUGGGCCCAUGACGCUGUCAGUCAAGAGUCCGAUUUCCUUUUAGUUCCUGAAUGGUUGUAGUUAAAACAGCGCUGAUGAUUAUGCCAAGAAGAUUCUGUGUAGAUGUUCUAAUGAUUGGCAUAUGAAGCUAACUUGUACUUUUGUUAAAACUUUACUUGUAAGUAAAGAGGCCAUAUCAUCACUUUACUAGACUACUUUGUGUUUGCUAUACAAUAUACUUGUUUUGUAUGGUCAAAA